UAAUCUAGAAGAACGACUUCAAAUAUUGAAUCCAAUAACACAUGAAUUUAAAAGAAUUUGUGAAAUACAAUAUUGAAUAACACUAGAAUUUAAUAGAAAGCUUAAUUUUUUUUUUUUUUUUUCAUCUGAAGAUUUUAUUUCAAACAAGGGUGUGAUACAACUGAAGGAUACGCUGACAGAUACAGAAAUUAAAAACUCAGAAACAAAACUCUAUCAAACUAAAACAGAAUCAGAAAUCGAACUAACCAAGAACAGAUACUGUUUUUAACUUGCAAGCCUUCUAAAUCUUCUGAUGCGCCUAAGCCCGAAAGUAUCGAAGAUGCCCACGGCCGAUCAACGAAACCAAAUUUCCUCUUAUGUCAGUAACAGAACCAAAGUUUCACACACCGGCAAGCAAGUGCAGCAACCAAACUCCCGGAAACGAACCGUCAAGAAAGUGCAACAACUUGAAAACUCCCGGAAACGGCGCUGUCGAAAGGACAAGAAAACGCCUAGACAGAAACCAUCCACGCUACUUCAGCAGCAAAAGACAAAGGACUAAGAGCAAACCUAAACCAUCCUGCGGUAUAAAGACCACGGCAGCAAGACGGAAAAGCGCAGAGCGACGGAGAAGCGAACCACCGACCACCAAUAAAGAGAAACAGAACAAGCAAGAAAUAAGCCAAUAACCAUUCCAGAAUCAGCCGAUCCUCUGCUUAGAAGGGUAAAGAGCAACCGCAGAGAUCCGAAGACAACUCUGCUAGAAUCUGAGACAAACCCACAAGAAGAAAAAGAGGGAUUUGAGGCGAUCGGAAAGAGAGAGCUGACAUAAGAAGCCUGUCCGCAGAAAGGCUAACGAACGCCACCAACUACUCCGGCAGGAACAAAUCGACGAGACACACGGAGAUCCAAAACGAGAUCUGAAAAAGAAGAACCAAAAGCGGACUCUUUCACCGAAAAUCCAACAGAACGGACUCUUCCUUCCUCUCUUCGUCAAGAUCUGCUAAAAAAUGAAGCUUAGAAUCGAAAGACCCACCACCUUCCUCACUCAAAUUCAACCCAAACACUCUAAUCUCUCAAAGCAGAACCCGACAAAUGAAACAAAGGCAGAAAACAAGAGAAAGCAAGAGAAAGAUCGGCGUCGGCUCUGAAGGAGCAGCCCGACACCGAUCACCGGAGGAAUGCGACGGCUGGAAGCAAAGAGAAAACGAGAGCUUAAUUCCUUCUAAUUCAGUUGAAUUUUUUAAUCGAAUACCUCCCCCUAAACUAGUGUAAUGAUGGAGGGAGCUUCUUAAAACGUAUCUGUAUCCGGGUCAGAUCUAUAUGAACCGGGUCAAUAUUCUCGGGUUCCCGCUCUGUUUUCCACCCUCAUUUAUCUCUGCAUAUUCCACAAUUUACAGUCCAUCCAUGGAGCCGUCGCUGCGAAUCUAAAAUUCGCAGAGCUCCUGAUAAUGGAGAACGCCACUAUUAUCUCAAUUGCAGAGCUAGUUCACGGAGGCCGAGCCGUCACCGGCGCAUCGUCGCUAUACUUCUCAAUUUAUACGCCGGCUUCUCAUUCGUCUUCCGAAUCAGUCUGUAAAAACCCUCAAUCACGCUCCGGCGCCGUCGAUUCGGACUGGAGCCGCAAAUUUCUCGCACCGUUGAACCACCGAGCGGUUAUCGUCGGGACGCUAGCUCUUCCCUCCGAAACCCUAAAAUGUCCGAAUCGCUACUGCUUCCGAUUCACAGACGGUGACUUGACAGUCUGCUGUGAUAUCAUUGGUUUCGAAGUAGGCGCGAUUGGGAGUAAGAUUUGUGUUUUAUCUUGGAAUUUCCUUCCUAUGAGGCAUUUCGGUGGGUUUUUGGAGAUUAUCAAGUGGAAAUUUGUGGAUUCCGGUAAGUUGCUUGAUUCGUUUCCGCUGUGUUCGCCGGAAAACAGUGACGGCAGGUCACGGUAUAGCGUCCAUGGUGUGUUAGAGUCGAUUAGCCCCGUUUCUGUUGUUCCUUGUAUGGAAGGAGAUUCUGCUGACUCUGUGAAAGUUCCUGGGUUCUUAAUAAGGGUAAUGGCCUGUGAGUGUAGAGAAUAUAGUGGGAAGGAUAUGUUGGAUUCGAUUGGUUUCAGUCACUCUUUCGAGAAGUCUGUUCUCGUUUACUUCUGUGGUUCAGUGGCUGCGAGUUGGCACCCUGCGAUAACGAAGCUAGUUGGGAGAAAUAUUGGUCUAUCGGGGAUGAAUAAGAAGUUGGUUUAUAUAAACAAAUGUGAUUCUCUGUUGGUGUUUGUGACGACUGAGAACUCUGUUCUUCAUUCUCCUUGGGUUUCUAAGAAACAGGCUGUUUCGAGAAGUGCUGUUGAGAGGAGAGGUAACUGCGGUUCGUACCUCGGAUUUGUCAAAGGUUUGUACAUGAAAGGGAAGCUUGUUGAGAUGGAGGAAGAUGUCUGGCUUUUAUUGACGGAUCAGAUACAUAACAGAUCCCACAGUAUCCGAACUGGUUCCCUUAUUCAUGUCAGAAAUGUUCAUUUUGUGAAUACCAAAUUUUCUUGGGGAGAAGUGCUUAUACUUGGGGCAUGCUUCAAGACCAGCAUCACAGUUGAGAUAUUUUCACCUUUUGAAACGAGGACAUUACUCCUUAGUUCAUGCAUCCAGAACAUAAACGGAAUGUCAUCAGACAAGGAGAUGUUAAGAUCCUGUCAGAGGGAUGAACUGACAAAGCUGUAUGCAGAGUCACGAAUACCACCAUCCAUGUUUCGACCUAGGUGCGGGCUUUUUACUGAAUUCUGCAUGCAUGAAUCAUGCGGAUGCAAUAGUCAAGCUCAUGAUUGCAACCUGAAGCUGGUAAUGCCUAUCUCAAGUUUUAUCCACCACUCCAAGGUCAUGCUGAACGAACUGCUUUCUCAGAUUAAGAAAGACUACACCAUGUAUACUGCUAGUAAUUGCUUAAGUCGUUCAUUAUCAACACGGGAAAGAUACGGAAAUACAAAGAUUUUUAAAAGUGAAGAUAUUGGCAUCAUCUUGCUUGGAAAAUUGAAGAUCUCCUCUUCUGGAAUACUACAAUUUCAUGACAGAACUAGCAGCAUUAAUGUUCUGAUGCCAGACUUUCUAAGUGAUGGAAAUGACUGCAGGAUAUAUGAGGUUUCUGAUUACAAUCUUAUCGUGGAAGGAAUACCUGAAUUGGCGCUCCACACGCUGUUUCUUCAAAAGCCACUUCCUUAUAGAAGUGUGGUUAAACCCGCUCCAUUGGCCAUAGAAAACACAUUGACAAUGCCAUUUUCUCUGAAGGUUGGUGCUGCAAGUUGCAGAAAUGUUCUCGUGCAUCAUUCUAUUGACUGGAGGCAUGAUCUCAGUGAGUUCAAAGGUGAAAGGUUUCAUCUAUUUAGGGUGACCCAUAAAUUUCCAAUUUUAAAAAAGGGUCAUCCAGGAAUGCCUGACCGUACCAGUGUUUUCGUUGAGGCUGUAAUUAUUCCCUGGGAACUAUUUUGCGCUGGUUUUGAAGAAGACGCAGCUGCUCCCCAAAGUGAUGAAAGUAAGACCUCCCAAGAAGAACGUCCACAUAAGAGAUGUAAAACUAACAAUGCUUUACAGAUGGAAAGAGUAUUAUCUGCGCCGCAUGAAAUUUCUUGCCAGAUGACGGUCAGAGGUUCUACUAGUCACAGUUUGACCAUAGCAGCAACUCUGUCUAACUUAAAGGGAAAAAAAAGUGGUAACAUUCGCAGUGUUAAGCGGGUGCUGUUAGAAUUCAAACUUGAAUGCAAAAACUAUAAUGGAUUGCAGAUUGGCGGUUGCUAUUUGAUGAAGCAUGGCACCGAUGAUUCUUUCUGUUUUGGACGGUCUGGCAUAUGUAACAAUGACAAAAUCAAUUUUAGACCUGAGACACGUUUAUGGAGUCUGGAAUUUUCUUUUGAUGAAGUUCUCACCCAUGACGGAGUAUAUCCUCUGGCGUCUUCUCAACCAUCUCUUGCGGUGGAACAACGAGAUGUUUCUAGUCCACGACCUUGUUCAGAUGUUUCGCUUCUUCUCCCUUGUGAUGCAGAAAGACUCUUCUCAGUAUAUCGCAAGGACUUGGAAGAACUUAAUAAGCCAGUCGCAGAUGGAAAAGACAAAAAUAACAGUACAUGCAUCAUACCGUCUCGACUACCUCUAUCCAACAGUUUGUUUCCUGAGGGGAAUCUAGCGAGUUUCAGAGGCGAUGUAGUAGCAGUUAAUGUUGUUGAUUCUUGUGUCAUUGAUGUUCUGAGCAGCUAUUGCAUUCAUGUUGUAGUCAAUCAUCAAAUGGUGAAGAUUUCUGGUCCGCUUCGAAGGCAUUCUUAUCUCACUGGGUUUGGCCCUGGGGUGAAUGCAACAUUCUACCGGAUUCUUGGAACGGGAGAGGAAAACAGGUUUCUGUUAUUAUCAGCAUCUUUUGUCAAAGUAAACUCUCGAAAGGCAUUUGAUGGUCCAACUUUGGAGAAACCGACUCAUCAAGCUGCUAUGGGUUUGCCCAAAGUUACACCCCAGGAUUCCUCGGGAAACAAGGAUAAUCAGCAAGUAAACUUUGUCUGCAAGGUUCUUUCAGUUCAUCUUGUGGUUGUACAAGUUGGAUCUGAUGAUUCCUCAGAAAACAAAUGUGGGGAAAAUCUAGAUAUACCGCUUGCAGGAUUCGUGGUAGAUGAUGGAUCAUCUACUUUUAUUUGCUGGACAAGUGGGAAAAGAGCGUUUACAUUUCUCAGGCUGCACGAAGAAUUGCCUGAAACAGCCAUUGAUGUGGCCCAGUGGAUCAGAAGUGACAGAAACCAGAGCACCACAGCUUACCAUCUUGAAAAAAUCGUACGGGUCCACAAGAGAAUAGUGAUGAAGAUCAAUGGAUCACAGAAUGACACACUCUUUCAAGACAUCACCAUUACUGUUGCUUCGCAACAACUUCUCACCUAUUCAGAGGAUAAGUUCCUCAAGUUGUUGAUACUAAAUACCACUAGCGGUCCCAUAUGGGAUGUUACAGCGAGCUCAAUAGACAUGAAAGUGAUCCAGCAUUUGGAGAGAGAACAUUGUGUGGAGAUGGAACCUUCAAGACUUACUCUACAGAACGUUUGGGGUAAUGAAGUAUGUCAAGUGGAUACGUUGGUACGAGCCUGGAGCCUACUCCAAAGUUUGCUUAAUACGUGAUCAUAAACUUAGUUUUCUUUCCUUUUCUCCCCUGGUUUUGUUCAUUUUAAUGCUUUUAAAAUGUAAAUGAAAACAGUGAAGAUGCUUGUGAGAAGAUCUGAUCUUCUCAUAGGCCAUAGGGUUUCAAUUAGAUAACUCUAAUAAAUACAAAAAUUUGUAGGUUAAAUAAUACACAAACGAAGGAAACUCUAGAAUUUGAGUGUGAUAGUGAAGAUGUGAUGUAGAGAAACUUUCACGCCCAAUCCUGUUACAAGCUCAUAAACUUGCUCGACCAAACUUGCACGAGCAUAAGCAACAAUAGUUUCAUCGUUUGGACUUUGGAACAUGAGAUUUUGGAGAAGGUGAUGUUCAAAGCUGGGAUGAAGAGGCUUGCGAAAUCUACAGCUAAACGUUAAUCAAAGAAAGCUAAAGCGGAAGUUAAGGAUCGAUUGCAACAUUUACGAAUUUGAUCAAAAUCCAUCUCGUCUUAUUGCGUAUAUAAAUAAACUUUGUAUUGUAUUCAACAAUUCGUGGUAAUUAAAGUUAUGACUUAAGAAACUUUUCUGUUUGGUAGCUUCUUGUUUUGUGUGUUGAUCUAUUGUAAUUCCUGUAUUUGUGUGUUUUAUCAAAAUUUGCAUUUAUA